AUGAUCAAAUACCUGGCCCUGCUGGUAUUUUUGUUCGGCUGUUCCGCUGGUCAGGAACCAAGGCGCGAUGCUGCGUGGCCUCCGCCAGCGAUUCUCAAACUGGCAAAGCACUACCAUGACCUUUGUGCCCCCAAAACAGGCGUCACUGAUGAGGCCAUUAAGGAAUUCAGCGAUGGGCAGAUACACGAGGACGAGGCCCUCAAAUGCUAUAUGAACUGCCUCUUCCACGAGUUCGAGGUGGUCGAUGACAAUGGAGAUGUCCACAUGGAAAAGCUUUUCAAUGCGAUUCCGGGAGAAAAGCUACGGAACAUAUUGAUUGAGGCCUCCAAGGGAUGCACUCAUCCCGAGGGCGACACUCUGUGCCACAAGGCCUGGUGGUUUCAUCAAUGUUGGAAGAAGGCUGAUCCUGUCCACUACUUUUUGGUCUAAAGUUUAUUUUAUGUAAGACAUUUUGGUGUAUAUUAUUUGUACAGUUUUUGGCUACGGAAUUAAGAACAGGGAGAACCACAUAGCUUCAGCCAGUUUCCUAAUAAUGUAUUUAAUGUUUCAAUCGAACUUGCUUAUAUAAUAAAAAACUUAUUUUAAAUUUAA